UGUCAGUGGAAGCUAGCAUCACUGCUAUAUCUCCUAGCGCGUCAUUUUGAGAUUUGUCUGCUUUUUUGACGUUUCGCUGCCUCUAUAAUAAUUAUCGCGGGUAUUGGACUUGAACUGAGCUGGAGUGAACUGAUGUGCAAAUAUUUGUGUGUGUAUUUGAGUUAAAUGCUCGGGAUUUAGGUAGCCGUAGCCGGCUAGCUUGUUGUUAGCUGCGGGGAGAAAUCUGGUGCAGGCAUUUUUUUGCACCGCAGAAACAUAAUAGCUGCUCCUGUUUGGAUGUCAUUGUUCACGGUCGGAAAAGUUCUGUCGUAGAGAACGCCUGGAAAGACCAUGCGGGUUUAUCACGGAACUAACACAUUUCUGCGAAUAUUUAUUUCUUCAAACGAUGCUUUCAAUGCAUUAUGAAUUCAGUUCACUAACGUUGGACCUUAAUGAAUUAAAGUCACCUGAAAGCUUGUAAUCUUAAAUGACCUUAGCUGUUGUAUUGUAAAAAAAGAAAGAAAGAAAACGUGUAUUUACCAAGUGCGUGAUAUAGUUACUCUGUUAAUAGUCAAGUUUUUGUUAGGCAUCAACAUGGAUAAGAAAUCAUUUGACAUUGUCUUGGAUGAGAUAAGGAAGUGUGUCCUGACCGAUCAGCGGAUCAAAGCCAUCGAGCAGGUGCAUGGAUAUUUCUCCAGCGAGCAGGUGACGGAGAUAUUGAAAUACUUCUCAUGGGCAGACCCUCAGAUUAAAGCAGUAAAAGCUCUGCAGCAUAAAAUGGUCGCAAUCCCUACAACCAAGGUUGCAAAUAUUCUGAAUUGCUUCACCUUUUCAAAGGACAGACUGGUUGUCCUGGAACUGAUAGCUUUGAACAUAUCAGAUGCUCAAAAUUACCGUCCUGUGGAGGAUCUGUUUCGCAUACACUUAUCUGAGAAAAAGCGGGCUCGCAGGAUACUGGAGCAAGUUUGUAAGGUUGGCUGCAAGGCUCCUGUAGCCAUGAUAUCCUCCUGUGGUAUGAUACCAGGAAAUCCAUACCCCAAAGGCAGACCCAGUCUGGUCACUGGCACAUUCCCCGGAAUCCCUCCAGUAAAGAAAGAAGGAGAGAAGAAAGAGGACCCAUCUAACAGUAUGGAGGGGAAAGGAAUCGCUUCCCGGAUUAUUGGACCAUUUAAACCUUUUCCAUCUACCUACAACCCUCAUCGGCCUGUGCCCUACCCUAUACCACCGUGCCGACCACAUGCUACCAUCGCACCAAGUGCAUACAACAACGCAGGCCUUGUUUCUGUGGGAGGGGUAAUAACAGCCAGCGUGCCCCCUCCCCCCUACAACUCCGCCCACAAAGUAGCAGGUUACGCCAAACCAGGCAAUCCACAGAUCACCACACCCGGAGUCAACAGCGGACCCCUGCUCAUUCCUCAUGGGUCCACACCCUCUACCCCUGUCCCACCCCAGGCUUCUCCUGCUCACCCGCCUCCCACAACCCCCAUCACACCAGUUUUCCCUGGCAUGGUGCCCUCUCACAACCCUAAUGCCCCCUCACCCUCACCUGCUCCAUCCCCGUCGGUCAUCAAAGCAGGUCCACAGACCCCCACUGGCCAUGUUACACCUACACCUUCAUCUGUCAUUAAAGCUCACACCCCCUCAGGAACCCCUUGUGCAACUCCUGUUUCCAAUAGUGGGGGCUUCUCCUCUUCCCCCUUCCAUGCCAUUUCCCGACCUAACACCCCUGCUACCUCACGCAGUUGCCUAGAUCCCCUGCCUCAGACAAACUCCAUGGGCUCAACUCAGCAGAGAAUUUUUACCCAGACUGCAGACCACCAGUCAGGACCCACCUUCCAUGGUUUACCCCAACAAGCAGGUAACCUCUCUGGGUCUGUUAUAAGAAGUUACACCCCAUCUGGACUACCAUCUCUCACUCCUGGAUCUUCCACUCCAAAUUGUUCCACCCCAGUUCCCACUCCCAGACUCUCCCCAGCCCUCUCUGUACAGGCUCACGCUUCCAUGGGGCCGGCUGGAGUCCUUCAGAUCGAAGAGCAUCGAGCAGUCCUGAAUAGGCACGCCGGGGGUGGCAACAGUGGCAGUAACAGCCCAGUGCACUCUGCUUUUAAGGGCACCUCUCGCUCAGGCACACCUUCUGUUAGCUCUCUGGUGGUACCAGGUUCUGCGCAAGCUGCUCUGGCACGUUCCUUAGGUCUGUCGCACCCUUCAGGUUCCCCUCAAGUCUCUCUCCCCAGUCCUGUUGCUAUCUCCGGCCUCCAAGCUCUGUCCUCCAGCCCAGCGCCCACUCAUUAUCCAGGCCUGUCCCCGUUUUCCUCCCUCUCUUCCUCUCUCCCUCCUUCCUCCAUGCCUUCAUCAAUAACAGCAAUGCCUCCUGUUACCAAUAUGUCCAACCACCCACAAACCUCUAUCUACCCAGGCAUGGCACCCAGCGCUGCCUCCAGUGCAGCCUCCCCUUUUGGUCUCGGCCUCACCUCUGCCGCCUCUAUAUUCCAAGGCCUUCCGCCUGGCCCCAACCCUGCUGCCUUCCCAGGGUUGGGGGUUUCAGGAGGGCACGGUGCUGGGAGCCCUGUGUUGUCUUCAUUCAUGGGACUGCCUGGUGCCACUCCAUCUUCAGUAGCAUCGGUGGCACCACUGCAGGCAGUGGCAGCAGCCGCAGCAGCAGCAGCUGGGGUUCCAUCAUCAUCACCAGUUUUACCUGGAUUUGCAUCUGCCUUCAGCUCCAACUUCCAGCCUGGGUUGACCAGCGGCCUCCAGCCUCCAGGAAGCAGUGGGUUCCCCAGCUUGCUGUCCUUCCCCGGUGUACCAGGCUUCUCUCCCUCUGCCUCCCCUGCUGGCCUUGGUGGCCUCCACAACCCAACAAUGCAGUCUGCCCUGCUGCAGGGUCAUCCCACAUCUGCUUUAGAGAACUUUCCUUCUCAGCCCAACAGUUUCACCAACUACCCCCCAGGCCCAGGAAACCCUUUCACCCUCCAACCAGGCCUGCAUCCUCAGUUGGGCUGGCAGUGAAGCCUACCAACAUUUUGAAACAUUGAGUAUAUUUUCAUGCUGACCUCUACUGUUACACCCUUCCCUACACUUUCAGGAUUUGACAUGUUUUAUUUUCUGGCCUUGAACCCUGCAGAGCAAAGGACAUCAGACUGAAGAGUUUGAUUUCUGUGUAUUUUACAGUCAGAGUGAUUCACCACUACGAGGAGAACACUACUAUGUAAACAGUUAAAAUAGUGUGCAGGGGAGAAGUCUUCUAUUAUAGUGAACUGUUGUAAAUAUCACUUGUCAAAUUUGUUUGGUUUUACAAGUAGACUGUGAUGAGUUUUAAUGUUAGCUGGAUUUGGCAGUUGGUCAACAAUAAUUUGUGAAUAAUGAAGUGUAGAAAUAAAAACAAUAUACAGUACAUGCUAUCAUGUAAUGAAUUGACAGUAUCCUCAUGUAGUAUUUCAUGUCCAAACUCAGUGUAAAGGCCAUUCGUAUGAUACUGAUUGAUUGCCUUUUAAAUCAAAUAUUGUUUUAAGGCAUGAAAUCUUAAGCUGACUGGCAUAUUGACUUGUAUGGCGCAGUCACAUUUGGAAGUGGCCACACCAUACAUCUUUUGGUGUGUAAAGAAUGGAAGCGUUGUGCACAGAAACCCAACUUUGGCAGCUCCAUUCAUUAUUUGUAUUUUCAAUGAACAUUCACUCGGGGCUGUCAACAUUUUAAUGUGAUUUAUGUUUUGUACGUUUACAAAGUUAUUUUGCCAGAUGUGACACUGCUAUUACUGCUGUUACAGUAUUUGACCAAACAUAAGGUGUUUUCAGACUAGAGGAACCAACAGUUUUUUUUUUCUAAGAACUGUUGGUGGAACUACCCCCUUUUUAUUGUGUCCAUACUGCAUAGCCGUUUUGAGGAACUUUUUUAGCUACUACUUCAGGGUGGUUACUCUCCCAGAAAAAAGUGGAACCUUGAGUGAUAUAAGUGUACAGUGAUUGGUCCAGAUAUAACUGUAUGCUGAUUGGUCAAACUCAUGAACCAAUUCAGCACCGGCAACCACCAUUUUCAUAUAUUUACAUACACACAUUUUUGUCUCCUUUCUAACUCUGUAAUUAUCAUGAAAUCCACAAAAAACUCAUAGCUCCAAUCCCAAUGUCCCCCAUCGGUGGGGGACAUUGUGACGUUGCUAUACCGACCACCAGCUGGCUUACGGCACUUCAAUGUUCCUAUAGGCAGUGUGAAUGCAAACAGAAAAAAGACAUUGAAAGUAUAAAGUUCUUGCAGAAAAUCCCCAGUGGGUAGUUCCUUUCAGGGAGUCCCUAGAACUGUUCGGUCUGAAAGCUCCUGUACUGUAUACAGAUGUUUUUUUCUGGCAACAGAUGAAAGGUUUGUUGAGUUAUGUGACUGUAUUUUUCAGUACAACAUAGUGAAAACAUUAAUUUUACUUGAUUUACUGUAUAUACGUAUCAGUAGUACUUCUUAACUGCAGAGGUCACUCAUGGACAGUUACUGUAUUGUUUGAAAGUAAUAAUUUUGUUACACUGUUUUCUUUUUUUCUUCAAUUUUUCCCUUUUUUUUUGUAUUUGCAACUGUUUUCUUUUUUGUCAGUAAACUGCUUUUACUGUAUUGUAUUUCUAUUUUAUGUCAUGCCAUGGCUGUCAGGCAAGCCCAUUAAAAUUAGUGGAGGUUGACAAAAUAAUAGAAACACUUCAUGGAAAAACUGGAAAAACUAGAAAUACUUGCCAGUCGAGAUGCAUCCAUGUCUUUCCAGACGUACAUAAUAUCUGUAGUGAAGACUUUGAAGGAAUUUAAUAAAAGGUAUUAUGUGUAUGUUUCUUGCAUAUGUUCACAUGCUUGACCAAUGAAGUUGAUUCUGAUAGAUCACAAAGUUAU